CACAAAUUUGAGUAGUGCUGCUUGUCAUAUAGCUUUUGGCUGCAUUUUUAACAUUUUAUGCCCCUGCAAGGUGCAAACUUGCAGUCAUCCUCCUUCCUCGGUUGUCCUGUUGACUUAUAGCGGAUUACAUAGUUGAAUAGCAUGAUGCUGUUUUGGUAGUUGCCAAUCCAUGACAGCCUAGGAGGUACCUUAGUGAUAGCAUGUCAACAACUAUACGGAAAUCGCCUCCCUCGGGGUCGUCUGCACAGCAGAUGGCCUCUGACUCCUCUGGCAGCCGAGAGCCUCCAGCUCCUUCUACAGGUCGCUCUCCCGGGAGAGUUGCUUUUCGCGACAACAACGACGAGUAUACGUACAGCAGUCGACGCCGUUACUCGGAUAGUUCGGAGUCCACAAUAAGCAGCUGCAGCGAUAUCAGCAGUCCUCGGGAUUCCUGCACUCGGGCGAAACGAGGGACUGCUCGCAGGCGCAAGGAUGACUGGGGCGAGCCAUCCAACCAUAAGCAGCAUCCACAAGGCUCCCGCCGGAACUCAAGGAGGACCCAGCAACCAAAAGCUUUUCCCUCGUCGGCCAGCCCGAACGUGAGACAUCACCACACGACCUCCGCAUCCAGCUACAACGUCGCCGCCAGCCUUAGCCCCUGCCAAGGCCCCAGCGCCCUGCCUCCAUGCGCCGCCCCCCCUGCCCACCCACAGCCGGCCAUGCAUGUCCAACAGGGCUUGCCGCAUACUGGCCCCCCAGCCUCGCAUCCUUUCCAGCCUACCCACUAUCAGCAACCACAGCAGCAGCCCCAGCCCCAGCAGUCGCAGCAGGUUGCCAGCUACCCCCAUCUCGCCCUGCUGCCGUCUGGCCCUUGCCCCCCAGCUCCACCCUGCCCAACAGCUGUCGUCUCCACCCCCACUAAGACCUACGCUCCUCCACCCUCCGCCCUCGGCCCGCCACCAACACUGCUCAUGGCGUCGCAACAGUGCGGCUGCAACAGCAGCUCUUGCCAAGCAGCCCAUCGCUGCUUCGGCUGCACAACACUGCCGAACAACGUCCAGUUGAUGCCGCCACCGCCCGCAACAGCGGCUCCAGCACCGGCAGCAGCGUCAGCACCAGCGUUGGCAGGGACCAUGCGGGCUGCUGCUGCUUGUGCUCCUCACUUGGCGCCCAUGCCCGGCAGCCCGCUACCUGCCCCACCGCACCCACCGGGGUCCCUAUCGGUACCACCGCAGCAACCACUGCAACCAGCACCACCGCUGCCGCACUCCUGCCCUUCCUGCUCGACCCAGCUGCUGGAGCCCCUACAGGCGCUGUCCCUCCGGCCUGACGGACUCCCCUCGUCGCGACCGCUGUUUUCCGCUCCACAGGGCGCAGCUACCGCACCCCCGGCCCUUGCAGCAGCAGCAGCCCCAGCCGCGCCAGCAGCACCCAGACCGCAGGCAGCGGGGCCACCGGCAGCGCAUGCAUGUUGCAUGGCAGCUGCAUGGCCCUCCUCAGCCCAGGGGGGCGCUGCUGCAGGAGCCUUCCAGCAGCCUCCCCCGCCCCCAGCGCCACAGCAGCAGCUGCACCCGGGGGCCUGCCACCCCAGCCACACUGCAUGGCCCGCGCAGCCCGCGCAACCGCCGGCCCUGCCGCAGCUAGUGCUGGUGCCCCCAGCCCAGCAGCAGCAACAGCAGUUGCAACAGCUGCAGCAGCAGUACGGCGCGGAUCUUACCAUACUGUACGACGACACGACGCAUGAAGUGGUCCUCGUUGACGCCCUGAUGUCCCGGGAGCUCAGUAGACAGGGCCACUCGCUGGUCCCGCUGCCCGAGGCCUACCGCUCCAAGCUGGCGGCGCUGCAGGCGGCGGUCAACGGGCGGCUGCUGGGGCGGCGCGAGGCGCUGCUGCGGCGGCACGCAGCGCUGGCGGCCCGGCAGGCGGAGUUGGCGGCACGCAGGGGGGAGCUGGAGCGGGAAGUGGCGGCCCUGGCUGAGGAUAUGCUGUCGCGGCUGCACUCCGCGGAGGGGCGCCAGCGGGCGCUGCUGGGCCGCCAGCAGGCCGAGGUGUCUGGCCAGCUUGACGCCGUGCAGCGGCUGCUGGGGCAGGUGGUGGCGGCCUCCGCUGCCGGGCCGCUGGACUUCCUCAACGACUACCACUCGCUGGCGGAGGCGUGCGAGAGGCUAGCUUCCCGGCUGCUGCCGGAUGAGGCGGACGCAGCAUCAGCUGCAGGACAGGGAACAGGACCAACAGCCCCUAACGAGCCAUCAGCCGGGCCAGCCGCGCCCCCCUCCUCCUCCACCAACCCCGCCGCCGCGCUGUCGCUCCCCGCUGAGGCCGCCUACCUGCGCGAGCUGGCCACCUCGCACGAGGCGCUGCAGCGGCUGCUGGCGGUGAAGGACGACAUGAUCCGCCACCUGCUGAAGGAGCGAGAGGGGCUGCAGUCGGAGCUGCGCCAGGUGGUGGAGCGCUGCGGGUCGGAGCUGGCGGCUCUGGAGCAGCAGUGCGCCACGUACCACCGCACUCUGCUGCAGCUGGGAGUGGUGGGGGCGGCAGCGGAGGGGGCAGCAGGAGAAGAGAAGGAGGAGAGAGAAGGGGCGGGGCAGGGCAAGCGAACCCCCAGCAAGCCUGCUGCAACGGAACCUGAGCGAAUGUAGGGCUGUUUGCGGUUGUUGUGGAUUGGUUCACGAUAUAUGGCAGCAACAUGUGUGAUUAUCCUUGGUUUCGUUUUGCUGCUUGUUCCGUUUGGCUUGCAGCGUAGGGUUGGGUUCAUCACCCAUGUUCCCUUGUAGGAAACCAUUGUAACGGUCGCUCAUACAUGCGUGUAAUUCUCCUGGUACCUAUGUUCCAGGUUAAAAUGCGCCAGCGCAAGUGACAUGCGGCAACGCACGAUUGUAGCAUUGUACGUCCAGAUGCUGGCGCCCGAGACCAUGAUGUGAAACGCUAAACGAGAUUCUGCUGUGCACGCAUGGGGACCUAGCGCUUCUGUGCAUGAGGACCUGGCGCAAAGAUUGUCAGAUUACCAGGCCGAUCUUGGGUGGUGGGUGCAAUGGUUCAAACCACGUUACUGUGAUAUGCGCACCUGGGGUGCAUAAAAUUGGUGGGCCCCGGGCUUUGGAACCCUGAAAGACAAGGCACCUUGCAUGACCAUGUUUUAAUUGGAUACAGCACCCCUUCAUUUACUGCCGGCACCGAAGUAGGAAGACC